AUGUCAAAAUCAUAUCAAGAAGGACUUUGUGAAAGGAAAUCAAAGUUUGAUAAAAAUGUACUUCAAAUGGCAUGUGAAAAAGGAAAUGUCAAGCUUGUAAAAUCACUUAUCGAAAGUGGAUGUAAUAAAGAAUCAAUGGACACAGAUGGAUUGACUCCACUCAUUUAUGCAUCAAGAGAUGGUCAUCUUGAAGUUGUUCAAUAUCUUAUUUCUAUUGGAGCUAAUAAAGAAGCAAAGCAAAAAGAUGGAUGGAGUUCACUCAUUUAUGCAUCACAACUUGGUCAUCUUGAAGUUGUUAAAUGUCUUAUCGCUUCUGGAGCUAAUAAAGAAACAAAGAAUAAAUAUGGAAAGACUCCACUAAAUUAUGCAUCAGAAAAUGGUCAACUUGAAGUUGUUAAAUAUCUUGUAUCAGUUGGAGCUAAUAAAGAAUCAAAGGCUAAUAAUGGAUGGACUCCACUCAUUGAUGCAUCAUGGAAUAAUAAACUUGAAAUUGUCAAAUAUCUUAUCUCUAUUGGAGCUGAUAAAGAAGCAAAGGAUAAAGAUGGAAUGACUGCACUCAUGAUUGCAUCAAGAGAUGGCAGACACGAAGUUGUUAAAUAUCUUAUCUCAGUUGGAGCUAAUAAAGAAACAAAGAGUAAUAAUGAAGAAACCGCACUCAUGAUUGCAUCAAGAUUAGGUCGACUUGAAGUUGUUAUAUAUCUAAUCUCUGCAGGAGCUUAUAAAGAAGCAAAGGAUAAAUAUGGAUUUACCCCACUCAUUUUGGCAUCAAGUAAUGGUAAACUUGAAGUUGUUAAAUAUCUUAUCUCAAUUGGUGCUGAUAUAAAAGCAAAGACUAAAAAUGGAAAAACCGCGCUUUCACUUUCAAAUGGCCAAACAAAGGAUUAUCUAUUGUCUAUUGGAGCCAAGUAA